GCUUUCAGUCAGAGACUCAGAGCACUUCAUCACUCAUUUUUUCUCUCUAACUUGGAGAUUGCGAAACCCUAGAAAUUCAUUUUCUCUUUCCUUUUGCUGUUUGGUCUCCGAGAAAGAAGGAUAUUUCUUGAAAUUCAUGGAUUUGGAUCUAUGGGGCUCAUCAUAUCAUCAAGUUGCACAGGAAAGCAGUUACAGUACGCUUCCUGGAUGGGAAUGUGACUUCUACAUUGGUUAUGGAUAUGAUGUGAUAGAAGAAGAUGCUUUGAAUGAGAAAUCUUGUAUUCAAGUGUUAAAGAUAUUGAUAACAAAGGCAGAUACUGAAAUUGAUGAACUUGAAGAAGAUCUUGUAUCCCUUCAAAGUCAACUAGCCUGGGCUGAACAUGAGGAAUGGCCUGAAUUAUGCUGUAAUGCUCUGACAGAAAAGAUUAAUUGCCUUGAUAUUUCAAUAAGAAAUUUGAAGAAUACAGAUGAGAAUGAUAUUGAGGUUCAGUUACUAAUGCAUAGAGAACCUGUUGAGAGAGUACAUGAAAUAGUGAGGGCUCUACUCAGAAAUUAUAUCCAAGAGAAAGAUGAGCAGCCUCUUGAUGCCCUUGCCUUGGACUCAAGCUCAAAUGUUCCAAAACAUGCUGUUAGCUUAUUGGAUGAGAAUGAAAUGUCGAGCAAUAUUGAUUCAAGUAUCAGCAUAAAGGAAGAAACCAAGGAAUCCAGUAUUACCGGAAAAUGUACAGGCUCAAAUUUAUCUUUGAAGCUUCAAGAGAAGAAAUCAAAUGAUACAGAAACAAUUAAGCCUAAAGACAGUACCAUAGAAAAUUCAAGUGAAGAUGCUUUGCUGCAUGCAAUUGACCACUAUAACAAGAAGAAAAAGUUGAGCGGUCCUAAUCUGAAAAUCAUGGGUGAGGAGAUUGAAGAACAUGAAUCCACUCCUAUGGUGGAUGAUAUUAUUUUAGGGUCAUCAUCCAACUCUGAGGGAAAGAGAAGAGAUCAUGGUCAAGAGGUCAAGCCUCUUGAUGCCAUUGCCUUGGACUCAAGGUCAAAUGUUCCAAAACAUGCUGCCAGCUUAUUGGAUGAGAAUGAAAUGUCAAGCGAUAUUGAUUCAAGUAUCAGCUUUAAGGAAGGAACCAAGGAAUCCAGUAUUACAGGAAAAUGUUUGGCACUUCAAGAGAAGAAAUCAAAUUAUCCAGAAACAAUUAAGCCUAAAGACAGUACCAUAGAAAAUUCAAGUGAAGAUGCUUUGCUGCAUGCAAUUGACCACUAUAACAAGAAGAAAAAGUUGAGCGGUCCUAAUCUGAAAAUCAUGGGUGAGGAGAUUGAAGAACACGAAUCCACUCCUACGGUGGAUGAUAUUAUUUUAGGGUCAUCAUCCAACUCUGAGAGAGAGAGAAGAGAUCAUGGUCAAGAGGUCAAGUUUGUGUUCUUCUACAUUGAACAGCCUCUUGAUGCCAUUGCCUUGGACUCAAGGUCAAGUGUUCCAAAACAUGCUGCCAGCUUAUUGGAUGAGAAUGAAAUGUCAAGCGAUAUUGAUUCAAGUAUCAGCUUGAAGGAAGGAACCAAGGAAUCCAGUAUUACAGGAAAAUGUUCUGGCUCAAAUUUAUCUUUGGCACUUCAAGAGAAGAAAUCAAAUUAUCCAGAAACAAUUAAGCCUGAAGACGGUACAAUAAAAAAUUCAAGUAAAGAUGCUUUUCUGCAUACAAUUGACUACUCCAACAAGAAAAAGUUGAGCUGUCCUAAUAUGAAAAUCAUGGAUGUGGAGAUUGAAGAACACAAUUCCACACCUACAUUGGAUGAUAUUAUUUUAGGGUCAUCAUCCAACUCUGAGGGAGAGAGAACAGAUCAUGGUGGAAAGGUCAAGCCUGCAAAAACUAUCGGGAAAGGUUCCAGCUCUGAUGCUAUUAGGGAUGCAGCUGGCCGCCCCCUUGGAAAAUGUGACUUGAAUGUUAGCAGGAAUGAGGAAGUCAGAGAGUACAAUUCUGCUGCUACUGAUAAAAUGAAAAUCUUAAAUUCAUCUUCAAACCCCAAAGGCGUGGGAAAUCUGCCGAAGACAGACAAGCAAGCAAAUUCUAUUGUUACAAGCAGUAGUGCAGAGGCUCUGAGACAUGCAGCUGGCCUCAAGAGGAGGGAAAAAGGUUCUGAUUCUGAUUUCGGUGCUUUGGGACAGGCAGAAAGUGGAAAUUCUGAUUUAGAGUUACUAAGGGAUUUUGUUGCGAAAAUUGCGCGUAAAGAGUGUGUCAAAGGAUUAAAGAUUGCUCCAACUGAUAAGAUUGAUGCUUUGGGUUCAUCUGUGAAGACAGAAUGCAAGAGGAAAAAUCCUCCACAAAAAGUGGAGGUUCAACAAGCUGGUUUUGCUAAACCUGGCCGCUCCUCCUCAACUUCACUUUUAGAGAUGCAAGAUCAAAGGGGACGAGAAGCAAUCAAGCUGCAGAUAAUGGAGGAUGGAAAGUCACAGGCAGAAGAUAUUCAAAAGGUUGAAGUUGCUACUAUUGCCAAGAAGUCAAUUUUGAAGGUAUCUCUGAAGCCACAAAAGCACAAGGGAAAGAGGAAAAUGGAGUCAGAUACACCACAGUUCCAAGAACCAGCUUUCCCCUCUAUCAGUGUUGUUUCAGAUUCUUCUAUUUCAAAAUCCAAAAGCAAACAAAAAUCUGGAGUCAGCACCGACAUUGUCAUUUUCAAUGAGUCUUCGAGCAGGAAGGUCACGAAGAGACUAGUUCACUCUGGCCAAUGUAAAUCCAAAGAGCAAUGUGUUGCUCAUGAUGACGGCAAAAGUUCCGUUUCAGGCACACGGAAUAAGAAAAGAAAGAGAACAGAUUUUCCAAGCACUGUAAAGAUCCGAGAUUCAGCUGUUCAUAUGGAACUCUCAAAGUUUCCUGGAAGUAAGGAAAAUCUUCAGAUCAUCAACUUCUACUCCGAAGAUGAUUCCCAAAGUAAGGCUUUAGUUCUUUAUGAUGAUUCUCAAAGUAAAGCUUUAGCUCCGUAUGAUGAUUCCCAAAGCAUGGCUUUAGUUCCGUAUUAUGAUUCCCAAAGUAAAGCUUUAGUUCCGUAUGAUGAUUCCCAAAGUAAAGCUUUAGUUCCGUUACCUUAUACAGAUAUUAACUUGGGGAAAUUGAAAUUAAUUGAUCUGAGGGCCAUUGCCAGGGAACAGAAAGUGCCCAAGUAUAGUAAGCUUCGAAAACAGGCGCUGCUUGAACUAUUAGUGGACCAUUUGCGCGGACUGAGGUAUUUCUGAAUUUACAAGUGGAUGUACAUAUUUUCCUGUUCUUUUGUUUUCAUAGGCGUUCCUAUAGUUGCCUUGUUUCGUAGCCGUCCGGCGGAUUUUGAAUGGUUCAGUUCUACAGAGGACUUUUGAGGUAAAUCUCCAUCAUCAGUAAUGGGAGCUCAACAAAAGGUUGAAAAGAAAAGAAAAAAAAUAGGGAAAAAAAUUUACAAAGAUGUAGUUCUGAAAGGAUUUAGAAAUUUCAUGACAUUGUCUUUCAUAUCUUACAGUGAAGUAGUUACUGAUAAUUACGAAAGUAUUUUCUACUGCCAUUGGAUGUCAGAUGUAGCAUCAAUCUUUUUGCCCACUAACUUGUCAUAGGUUUUAAAACCAAGUACGCGAAGGCCUGGUGAUAACAUCCUCAUUUAUUUUGCUAUUACAUCUUUAAUUGAAGGUUGAUACUAUUUUUCACUAAUAGAAACUACAGGAUCUUUAAUGGAAAGAGAAGGGGACCAAAGAAUGUGUUAAAGUUGUACUCUUCCCUAAAACCGACUAAAGAGGUGCCUGGACAAAUGGGCUUUACAACUUUUCUUUCUUAUGUUGCUUACAUUUUUUAUGAAAUUCAAAGAGGCCAGAAUAAUGUUUCACACUUUCAUUUUUUCACUCACACUUUCAAGUAGGGGUAAAAAUGCAGACGUGGAUAAUAGCAAUAUUCGCAUUUGCAAAAUGCGGAUA